AUGCUACAUGGAUGGGUAAUUGAAAAGAGACAACAUGAAAAUGGAUCCGGAGUAUUUGACAUGUAUUACUAUCAUAAGAGCAAACAAUAUCGUUCUAUUGUGGAGGUAAGAAAAUAUGUGUUCAUGGGUUUAUCAAAGCUUGAAGUUGAUCCAGAAGCCACUGAAGUAAAAGAGGUUGGGGCUAUUAAAAAGCACUCCAUGAAAAGAAAAGCUGAAGAUUUUAUCUUGAAAAGGAAGUCUGAAACAAAGAAACAGAAAAGCAACAACCAUGGCAAGAGGGAGGUUAAAAAGUUUCUUGGUGAAGCAAUGAAUAACCUUAUGAAUAGGUAUGUGAAACACAAAAACAAGAAGGUUCAACUAAUUGUGGGAGGUCUAGGUGGUGACGACAACAAAGCUAGUAAUGGUGCAAAUGGUGGUAGCAACGAAGGAGGGAGAUGCCACAGAGAUGAUAGUGGUAGAAUUUGA